AUGGCCACUGUGGAGCUCGCGCCCGGAGUCCAAACAUUCGAGACGCCGAAGAAUAAAAUUUUAAAAGAAGAUCACAAAAUCGAUGUCAACGAAAUUUCAACCCAUGCUAAACAUGUCACCCCUCUACUCAAGCCAUCCAGCACGAAGCACUCGUCGUUGGUUCAGGGAAGUAUUCCAAAGGAAACGGCUAUUGCCACUCAUGCAGCGAUCUACGGACUAACACCCGAAAAGGAAAAACGGUUACGCGAAUUGUAUGACCGAUUGGAUAUGGACAACGACGGCACCAUCGAUAUUAGGGAUUUGACAAUGGCGUUAAAACAUGAAAUGCCGCAUAUUCCAUCCAGAAUGGCUCCGUUGUUGAUGCAAAAAAUGGCCGCUGAUUCCUCGAAUUCAUCCGUUGAUUUUGGCGAUUUUGCAAAAUACGUGAUCGACCACGAGGAGCGAUUAGAGAAAGUGUUCUCAGAUCUUGAUCAAAAUAAAGACGGGUAUAUUGAUGUGCAAGAGAUUCAAAUUUACUGUGAUACACAGGGAGUUCCAAUAUCGGACCAACGAGCGGCUGACAUUGUCCAACAAAUGGCGCAAACGGGAAACGUGAACUUGCAAGAAUUUCAAGACUACAUGCUUCUCUAUCCAUCUUCAGAUCCAAAAGAAAUCGCCCAAUUCUGGAGGCAUAAUUUGAUAUUCGACAUCGGUGAGGAUUCACAAUUGCCUGAAGAUUUCACCCAAGAAGAGAUUCAAAGCGGUGUUUGGUGGCGGCAUUUGGUCGCUGGUGCAGUGGCUGGGUGUAUGUCUCGGACAAGCACGGCUCCUUUGGAUCGGAUAAAAGUCUAUCUGCAGGUACACGCAUCUCGACAAAAUCCGUUAAAUCUCUUCUCUGCUAUCCGAUUACUUUACGCGGAGGGUGGGAUUCGAAGUUUUUGGAGAGGGAAUGGGAUAAAUGUCGUGAAAAUCGCUCCCGAAUCAGCCAUCAAGUUCAUGGCCUAUGAGCAGUUCAAAAGAUGGAUUCAAGAGUACAAGGGAAGCAACGAGUUGACGAUUUAUGAGCGCCUUUUUGCGGGUUCUUGCGCUGGAGUCAUGAGUCAAACGACGAUUUAUCCGAUGGAGGUUUUGAAAACGCGAUUAGCUUUGAGAAGAACCGGUCAAUUAGAUCGUGGUUUGAUCUACUUUGCUCACAAGCUCUACCGAAGAGAGGGUCUCAUCGUUUUCUACAAAGGCUACGUCCCGAAUCUUUUUGGAAUCAUCCCGUAUGCUGGGAUCGACUUGGCCGUCUAUGAGACUAUGAAAAAUCUCUACUUAAAACGGAAUCCAGAGAAGAAAGAACCCGGCACGUUGGCUUUAUUGGCUUGUGGAACGAUCAGCUCAACGUGCGGUCAACUAGCCAGCUAUCCGUUGGCUUUGGUAAGGACACGACUACAAGCAAGAGAGUGGAUCGCUGAUCCAAAUCAACCGGACACAAUGGUCGGUCAAUUCCGUUACAUAAUCCGAAAUGAGGGCUUCACGGGUCUAUAUCGAGGCUUGGUGCCAAAUUUUAUGAAGGUAAUCCCAGCCGUUGGAAUCAGUUACGUCGUUUACGAGAAUGUCCGGAGACAUCUUGGAGCGACAAUGUCG